CCCGCGCGCGCCCGCCCCGACUGCGGCACCGGGCGCUGGGGUGGGCACCGGGCAGCGGCCGCAGCUCCCCCCGCCCGGACCCCCGGCCGGCCCCGGCCCCGGUCCCGGGCAGCAGCGCGAUGGGCGGGGAGGACGAGAUCGUGCGCAUCGCCAGGCGCCUGGACAAGAUGGUGGCCAAGAAGAACGCGGAAGGUGCAAUGGAUUUACUGAAAGAACUGAAGAGUAUGCCCAUGACUUUGGAUUUGCUGCAGUCCACCCGCAUUGGGAUGUCGGUAAAUGCACUGAGGAAGCAGAGCACAGAUGAAGAAGUGAUAUCGCUUGCCAAAUCCCUCAUCAAAUCUUGGAAGAAACUUCUAGAUGCUUCUGAAGAAAAAGGUGAGGAGAAAAAGAAAAGCCUGUCCUUGCCAACAUCUUCCUCCAAGGAGACUGGUAACUCAAGAGACCAGAGCUCCAACAAAAGGCAGGAGCCUCCGAAGACUCCGACCACCCCCAAAAUCACCACCUUCCCUCCGGCGCCCGUCACGUGCGACGCUGUCCGCAACAAAUGCAGAGAGAUGCUGACAGCAGCCCUGCAGGCUGAUGACGACUACAUCGCCAUCGGUGCUGACUGCGAGCACAUAGCAGCCCAGAUUGAAGAGUGCAUUUACCAAGAUGUCAAGAACACCGACAUGAAAUACAAGAACCGGGUGAGGAGCCGCAUCUCCAACCUGAAGGACUCCAAAAAUCCUGAGCUGAAAAAGAACGUGCUGUGUGGGGCCAUCACCCCCGAGCAGAUCGCGGUGAUGACCUCGGAGGAAAUGGCCAGCAAUGAGCUGAAAGAGAUCAGGAAAGCCAUGACAAAAGAAGCAAUCCGGGAACAUCAGAUGGCCAAGACAGGAGGGACGCAGACUGACCUCUUCACCUGUGGGAAAUGCAAGAAGAAGAACUGCACCUACACCCAGGUGCAGACCCGCAGCUCCGAUGAGCCCAUGACCACCUUCGUCGUGUGCAACGAGUGUGGGAAUCGCUGGAAGUUCUGCUGACAUGUGCCACGGCCCGAGGGCGGCAGCCGAGCGCGGCCCCGCGCGCAGCCUCCACGCGCCAGCUCCCACGGCAAUUGUGUUUUGUGUCCCAGUGAGUUUGCAUUGUCACGCGCUGAGAGAGCAGCAGCGGGGAGGCCUGGGGGGCCUCGCGGAGAGCCACAGCCCUGGCUGGGCUGGCAGGUUGGCAGGAGAGCUCACUAAACACGCCCAGUCGUUAUUUUUCUCAUCUAAGCGAGUACGGUCACUUCCUCUUCAAAACUAAUAUUAAACAUUUUUGUCAGUUUCUGACUUUUUAUUUCA